UAUAACCGCCUGUUAUUAUGAAACAGCGUUUCUGCAUGAUAUAGAAUUACGCAUUCUACCACCAUAUAACAUCAUGACUACUCUUUUCUCCGUUCCGAUCACCUCGACCGGAGGCACCAUCGUGUGCACCAAACCCACUGCCAAAGAGGGCAAGGAGCAGGAAAACAUCUAUGUUCUGACUUUCACGUCUCCGAAGGAUAACCGACUGACUCCGACCUUUAUCGAUGCCUUCAUCCUGGCACUGGACAUUAUUGAGCACCGCUAUCCCAAGGGUGUCGUGGUAACGACCAGCGGUAUUCCCAAGUUCUAUAGCAAUGGUCUCGAUUUGGAUCUGGCAACCAGCACAGAGGGAUUCUUGGACAAGUGGCUGUGGCGUCUGUUCCGGCGACUCCUAACAUACCCCAUGCCCACGGUAUGCCUCCUGAAUGGCCACGCCUUUGCUGGUGGCUUCAUGCUCGCCAUGUAUCACGACUACCGUAUUCAGAACCCAGAAAAGGGCUUCCUGUGUGUCAACGAGCUUGAAUUUGGAGUCCCGCUCCAAACGCCCAUGAUGUCAAUCUUCCGUGAGAAGUUGUCCCCGACUACGUUCCGCAACGUGGUCCUCGAGGCACGUCGAUUUGGCGGACAUGACUCGCUGAAGGCGGGAAUUGUCGAUGCAGUGGGUGGUCUGGACGAAGUUGUUGGUUUGAUCCGCGAUCGCAAACUGCUUAACAAGGCAGCGACCGGAAUUUACGGCACUAUGAAGGAGGAAAUGUAUUCUCGUGUUCUUAACGGACUUGAUGAUCAUGCAGGAAACUUGACGUGGCGGGAGAAGGUGGAAGAGAGAAAUGACCAGUUGCGGGUAGAGGGUCUCAAGGAGGUUGAAAAGUGGGAGGGAUCAAGCAAGUCAAAGCUGUGAGGUAAUAUGCCCGCUGGCUAUACCGGCGUUGUGAAAUGUCCUUUGUCAUUAGAGAAGGUGAUUGGUCUUUUUUAAUGCUUCAUGGUCAAGUCAAUUCAUCUUUCCAGGGUUGGAAAGACUAUUCGCAGGUGAUUACGCAUAUCUUCGGGCGUAGCGAUAUGAGAAAUCCUUUGU